AUGCAGGCAAAGAGAGCAUUGAGGGCUUUGAAAGGAUUAGUGAAAUUGCAAGCCUUGGCAAGGGGUCACUUGGUGCGAAAGCAGAUGAAAACUGUUUUAAGGUCAAUGCACAUUGUGAUGGCGAUUCAAGUCAAAUCCCGGAUUCACAGGAUCCAGAUGGCAGAGGAACCACCGGUUUUUGUGGGACGGAGAAAAUCAUACAAGGAAUUAUCAGCUUCAGAUAAAAAAAUUACGGAAGAAAUAAAUGAUAAUACAGCUAAUGCAAACAGCUAUCCAAGAAACGGAUGUUUAAGGAGCAAAAGUGGACGCGUACAUCACAAGAUGUAUACGAGUCCAUCAACGUUAUCCUUCACAGAUUCGAGCUCUACAACCCACGAUAAACAACUAGAUGAGUUUUCAUUGAAAUCGGAAAGAAGAAAUUCCAUGAGAUACUACUCUGCUUGCCAAGAAAACAAGCAUCUAUUUGUUCAUCCAUUGUCACAUAAUGAUUCACCAGAUUGUAUAAUACCUUCCGAUUCUCAUUUGACGCCGAAUUAUAUGACAAAUACAAAAUCAUCAAAAGCAAAAGCCAGGUCACACAGUGAACCAAGGCAGCGCCCUAAACAGAAUAGCGGGCGAUUGUCAUCUGUGGACGGUAAAAAUGACAAAGAAAGUGAGUAUCCUAAUUGGCUAGUCAAGAUUUAUCGCUCUAACAAGUCCACUAAUAGCAGAGACUCUAAUUCCAAACGUAGAAAGUCAUUGAUCACGGUUGAGCCUCCCUUGAAUUUAUAUUGA